CUAUGUACUUUGGCUUAGUUUUUAUUACAGACGGUAUAAAACCGUAUGCGGUGUAGAGGACUAGAGCAAUACACACGACAAUAAGCGAUUUUCUUACAAGAUCGAAGAUGAAUUUUGACGAUGUUCUACAGUACAUUGGGGAGUUCGGGCUCUACCAGAAACGUGUUUACUUUCUGCUGUGUUUGUUCUGUAUAUUUCACGGGAUGAGGAUGGUAGUGAUGGUCUUUACAUUAUACCAGCCAAAACACAGGUGUGCUAUUCCUGGCUAUUUGAACGACACGUUUGAUGUGACGUCACUAGAGCACCUAAUGGCGGUCAACAGUUCCAUUCCCUCUGGUGACUCGUGCCACAUAUACCAACCUGGCAACUACACAUACGACGCUGACAACCGGCCAAUCAACGCCAGCCUCGAGAAGUGCACGCGCUGGGUCUACGACGAGUCCGUGUUUGUGUCAACGGUGACUGGCCAGCUGGAUCUGGUUUGUGAUGAUUCCACCAAAAGAUCUCACGCAGCCAUGGUGUUUUACGGCGGAUUUCUGAUCGGCACUUUUCUUUUGGGAACAAUCUCAGAUUAUUUUGGCCGGAAGAUCUGCUUGUAUCUCUCUCUUACUCUGGUGGUAAUAUUCGGCACCGGCCUCGUUUUCACCAAAAGUUUUAUAGCCUUUACAGUGGUCAACUUUUUUCUGGGGGCAGCAGUCCCUGGCAUGUUCCCGUCUGCUUUCGUUAUCGGCAUUGAACUGGUUGCACCAGCUAAAAGGACCUACACCGCCUCCAUCAUCCAGCUAUUCUUCUCCACUGGGGUUGUCAUCUUAUCCGGGUUGGCCUUUCUGAUCAGAGACUGGCAUUAUCUCCUGGUUGCCAUUACAGCUCCCCUCGUUCUCUUCUACCUCAUGUGGUGCCUAAUCCCAGAAUCCCCCAGAUGGCAGAUCCAAAAAGGACGCUAUGAGAAAGCACGCCAGACGGUGCUUCAAGCAGCCAAAGUAAACAAAAAGGAAGUUCCCAGCGAGAUUUUAGAUGCCGUCAUGCCAGUUGACGAGGAUGAGGAGAGUAUAGCCUUGUAUGACCUGGAGAAGAAUGAGAGAGAAAGAGAGAAGAAGGCAGCAGAAGUCAAAGAAAAAGGUCGACUGAUUGAUGUUUUCAAAAGUCCUGUGUUGUUUGUUAGGACAAGCAUUAUCUUUUUUAACUGGUUUGUGAUCAGCAUGACAUUCUAUGGAUUAAAUUUUAACAUUGGAAAUCUUGUGGGUGCUUCCAUGUUCCUCAACUUCUUUAUAUCAGGACUUGUAGAGUUCCCAGCUUAUCUUUUACCAAUGUUCACAGUAGACAGAUUUGGCAGAAAAGCUGUACAUUUUGGCAUGUUGAUAUCAAGUGGUGUUGCUUGCUUAGGCUGUGUUUUUUCAAUCAUAUUUGCAUCUGACUACCCUUGGAUAACAAUAACCUUGGCCAUGAUUGGAAAGUUUGGAGCUUCCGGAGCCUUCUCCACUGUGUACAUGUACUCCUCCGAGAUCUUCCCCACCGUCAUUAGAAACUCUGCCCUGGGGAUGAGCUCCAGCUGGGGUAGAGUGGGUGCCAUGUUUGCUCCCUAUGUUGCUGCCAUGGGAGCAAAGGCAGAAGGGGAGCUGGGCAGAAGUGUCCCCCUGCUGGUCUGUGGGUGUCUGGUCAUCUGCGCUGGCAUGCUGUCCUGCUUCCUCCCUGAGACGUGGGGGAGGAAACUUCCAGAGACCGUCAAUGACGCCAAGAAUUUCACAAAAAUUGUUAAGGAAAAUAGUUUGUUGACCAAGGUCAAUACAGAUACUGACAAUUCAGAAACAAGCUUGGCUAUAGAGAACUGCUGUUAAAUCCAAUGUUUACAGGAUGAUCCACACUUUCAAUAUAACAGAUCUGAUGAAAGGGGCAUAACUGUGAACAGGUUGGACCAAGACAAGAUUAGUCUAUAAUAUAAGUGGCAACACAAGACAGUUUGCUUCAGUCAACUUCUCUUAAAUAAUGACUUCAGCUUCUUAGUAAUCUCCCAUAAUGAAGAAUACUUUAGUAGUACAUUAAUCUGACUUUGUAUAUGUUAGUCUAUUGGACCAUUGCCAAGCAGCAAUGCACGUAACUGCUAAACUAAAAGUACAAAUACUGGAUUUGAGUCAGCUUUGAUGGUUAUCUUUCUUGAGUUAGGGAAAGUAAAACCAGCUGGGCAAAGAACUGACCACACUAUUUCUUCAUAUAACUUUGAGACAUUGAUUUGUAGUGCAUCAAUUAAGAGAUGUCAUGGCCGAAUGAUAGAGUGUAUGAGUGCUAGACUGAAAGCCUUAAGUUCAGAUACCCUGACUAGACUUCACAGGAUGUCCACCCAGCUCUCUUAGCUAGGCCAACUUGACCUGUUACAAAAGUAAAGGUGGCUGAGCAUAGUGCUGACCACACUAUCCCUUCAUAUACUGAGGUCACAAUUGAACUCUACUUAACCUACCCCAUGGACCGUGAGGUUUAAACGAGUACUUGACUUACAUUAAUCUGAUUAAAGCAGCCCAUUAAUGUGCCAUAGCUAAGAUGACCUUUAAAGAUUUUUAUCAAGAAUGAUUAAGUACAGAUUAAUCUGCCAUUUUGAAAAUGGACUUGCUGUACUUUUUUAUACCUUCUUAAAUAUGAGUUAGUAGUUCACUACUAUAGAAUUGCUUGAGCAUUAUAUUAACCAAUCAUAAUGAAGUAGUAGCUCAUUCAUUGAGAGUGCUUUUUGCAAUACUGAAAUCUAUCAUAUUAAAAAAUACUCAGGGAUUUGAGAUAGAUCUAUAUGUUUUAUGCAAAUCCUAAAAUUGUAAGAAAUUAUUCAUGAUAAAUGAAAGGGUAUUAGCUAUAAAAUACUUGAUAUUUUGAUUUGAGCUUCUUUAUUAUUGAUAUUAAUUAUUCAUUAUAGUAUCUGCUUCAUGUCAUGUGUAAAUAUGGAUCUAGUGACUUGGUGUAGAGAGAGAUAGGCAAAAUAUGAUGAUGGCAUUAAAUUGUAGAUUCACUAUGUAGCCUAAUAUAUUGAGUGAUGAAAUAUGUGGGCUUAGUACGAGAUUUGUUUUUGUUUUUAAUCACCCCAUUCCAUUUUAAAAGUAGCCAAUAUUGUUAAAAAUGUAGAAUCUAUCAUUUUUAUGUUCACACAAAAACCCAGGAUUAAAUUGAUAUGAUUAUACAGCAUGCAGGUUUUGCCAAAGCUGUUGUUUGCUCAUGAGGAAAAAUUCACUGUUUACCUUGGAAUUUCAUGACAUUUUACUAAAAAAUGAAUGAGCUUAUUAUAAAAAUUUAUUUUUUAAAACUGUAAAUGACUUUUUAUGUUAUAACAUAUAGUUACUAUAGUACCUCAUGUGUGAAAUUUAAGGUUGAUAUUUCGUGUCUUUGCUAUUUAUCUAGAUCUGUUUGAGUUUAGUGUAAAGAUGGUGUGAGUUCUGUUUAGGUUCACUUGUCUUAAAUGUUGGACAGGGUAAAUGAUCUCACUCUACAAUACAUUGUGUAAUGUUAUUUAUUUCCUAAUUAAAGAUAUUUCAUGAUU